CGUACUGCACUCUCUCAUUCAUACACACACACACGUGUCCCCUGUGUGACCCUCCUCGGUGCAUCGCAUCAGAAUGGUCUUCCUUGUCUUGUAAUAUUGCAGCUGGAAAAAAAUAAACACGCUUACUCCGAGCUAGCCAGCAUGACUUCUAGAGGCACUGCGAGCCGCUUUCUGAAGAGCGUCUUACAGAAUGGAGUCGGGCGGUACGUGUGCCAGAUCAAACGGAUUUCCCUCGUCUUUUCUAAGGAUGCACAGACUUCCCUUGGUGCCAGAGAGUUUAUUGAAGACAAGGUGGUGGACUUUGCCAAACAGAAUCCUGGGAUCGUGGUCUACGUGACUCCCCAGCGCUGCAGAAUUCCGAAAAUCAUUGCGGAAUACUUAAACGGCACUGUGAAAGAGGAGCCCAUUAAUAGCAAGACCUCGGAGGAGAUCACUCAGCUGAUUAAGAAGCUGACCAGCCAGUCUGGGCUGGAGGUCAUCCGGAUCCGCAAACCCAUCCACACCGACAGCCCCAGCAUCCAGGGCCAGUGGCACCCCUUCACGAACCGGCCCCCCUCCCUCAGGGUGCAGGGAAUCCAGAGCGAGAGCAAGGCACAGGGGGCAGCUCCCAAAUAACCAAGCCGAGCUUCAGCCCAUCACAAACACCAUGAGAAAUACAGACCCAUUAACCAGGCAGAGCUUCAGACCACCACAAACACCAUGAGAAAUACAGAGCCAUUAACCAGGCAGAGCUUCAGACCACCACAAGCACCAUGAGAAAUACAGACCCAUUAACCAGGCAGCGCUUCAGCCCACCACAAACACCAUGAGAAAUACAGAGCCAUUAACCAAGCAGAGCUUUAGACUACCACAAACACCAUGAGAAAUACAGACCCAUUAACCAAGCAGAGCUUCAGCCCACCACAAACACCUGAUAAAUACAGAGCCAUUAACCAGGCAGAGCUUCAGACCACCACAAGCACCAUGAGAAAUACAGACCCAUUAACCAGGCAGUGCUUCAGCCCACCACAAACACCAUGAGAAAUACAGAGCCAUUAACCAAGCAGAGCUUCAGCCCACCACAAACACCAUGAGAAAUACAGAGCCAUUAACCAAGCAGAGCUUCAGACCACCACAAACACCAUGAGAAAUACAGAGCCAUUAACCAAGCAGAGCUUUAGACUACCACAAACACCAUGAGAAAUACAGAGCCAUUAACCAGGCAGAGCUUCAGCCCACCACAAACACCAUGAGAAAUACAGAGCCAUUAACCAAGCAGAGCUUCAGCCCACCACAAACACCAUGAGAAAUACAGAGCCAUUAACCAAGCAGAGCUUCAGCCCACCACAAACACCAUGAGAAAUACAGAGCCAUUAACCAAGCAGAGCUUCAGCCCACCACAAACACCUGAUAAAUACAGACCCAUUAACCAGGCAGAGCUUCAGCCCACCACAAACACCUGAUAAAUACAGAGCCAUUAACCAAGCAGAGCUUCAGCCCACCACAAACACCAUGAGAAAUACAGACCCAUUAACCAGGCAGAGCUUCAGCCCACCACAAACACCAUGAGAAAUACAGACCCAUUAACCAGGCAGAGCUUCAGACUACCACAAACACCAUGAGAAAUACAGACCCAUUAACCAGGCAGAGCUUCAGCCCACCACAAACACCUGAUAAAUACAGACCCACAGGAUUCUUCUUCUAUACCGUGAAGACGCUUCUUUCAUCGCAGUCGAAUCUAUUUACAGUUCAUACAGGUAUUACCAUCACUGGGGUUCAGGGCAUCCUGGUUAUCUCCAGACAUCAGAGCCCGUCUCUGCUGGGCAAUGUGACAUGUAUCAAAUGCCAUUUAAAUUGCACAAUAGGAGCGUUGCCAUUUGCUUACUGAUUAAAAAUAGAUGCAUUGUAACUGUUAGAAAUGAUGCUGCCCUGUUUUUUUUUUUUUUUUUAUUAUCCAGGCAGUUAGCAAUGCCCUCAUUGUUUCAUGUUUCCUGGUAUUGCCUAAAAUGGAUUUAUAUUAAAUCUCGUGUUGUACUACAAUA